GGGUGCACCAGGCGCUGCCCGACUCUCCGCCGGGCUCCGGAGCUCUCGGGCCGCGCGUGGCGCAGGUGCGCGGUCCGGCUUUUCUCCUCGCGGCGCUCUGACGGCUCGGCCGGCCGGCCGGGAUGGGAGCGGCCGCCCUGGCGCUGCUGCUGCUGGCGCUGCUGCUGCUGCUGCUGGCGGCGGCGGCGCUGAGCCCGCGGCUCCGGUUCCGGGCCAAGAUCAGCAGCUACUGCGCGCUCUGCGUGACGGCCUCGGCCCUCACCAGCCUGGCCUGCCUGCUCUGGAACGGCGGGCGCACCGUCCGCAACAUGACGAUAAUCAAAAACGUGGUCCGCAGCUUCAAGUACCUCUAUGGCCUGAGGUUUGAAGUGAAGGGUCUGGAGCACUUCGAGAUCGAAGGUCCCUGUGUCAUCGUUUCGAACCACCAGAGCAUCCUGGACAUGAGGGGGUUGAUGGAAAUCCUUCCGGAGCGCUGUGUCCAGAUUGCCAAGAGGGAGGUGUUGUUCAUGGGGCCCGUGGGGCUGGUCACCUACCUCGGCGGGGUCAUCUACAUCAACCGGAAGAGAACCGGCACGGCCAAAUCCGUGAUGUCCGAAGUCAGCCAGGCCAUGAUGAGCGACAACCUCAAGGUCUGGAUCUACCCAGAGGGAACACGGAACAUGAACGGGGACCUUUUGCCAUUCAAGAAGGGCGCUUUUCACCUCGCAGUCCAGACCCAGGUUCCAAUCAUUCCUGUGGUCUAUUCCUCCUUUUCUUCAUUUUACAACCCGGAAAAGAAUACGUUUACAUCAGGCAAAAUCCAGGUGGAGAUCUUUCCGCCCAUCUCAACAAAGGACCUGACCUCCGAGGAUGUUGAUGAGCUCACCAUGCAGUGCUACACCACCAUGAGGGAGAACUUCCGCAGGUUGUCGGGAAAGAGCCGAGAAACCAAUGGAGAAGCCUCCACCCUUGGGCAGUAGGGUCUCUUGCCAAAAUGGCUGCGGGCUUCACCUGUUGGACAGAUUCCCUCAGAUUCCCUUGCUUGAUGUUAUGGGGAAGCGUGUAGGUUGCUCCUAAAGAAGUGAGUGAGGGGAGGAAGAAAUUCAACCGGUGGACGUGCUCAAAUCUCUCACGUGGAGGAACCUCCGCUGGCCUUCCUUUCUCCACCUACCUCUCCACAAACAGCCCUCACCAAAGACUCCUGCCCUUCCCAGUGUCCACAACCAGCAGUUUAAACAACCCAAGUGCCUUUUCUGUCUCCUGGGGACUCCAGGGAUUGGGUUCAUGGCUUCCUCCUUGCCCCCUGGAGUAAUUCUUCUUCCCUUCCUUGGGCACAGGGAUAAUUUGGGCGCGCGGGCCCAGAGCCUUGCCCACUUGACCCUUUUUCCUAAGGAAGGUGGGCUCAGGCCCCACUAUUUGAUGCAGUUUCGUGGGUUGAGAGGGGCAACGCUCCCGUACCAGUAAUGACCCUUGUCCAGAAGAGGCGAUGCUGGGUGUUUGCUGUCCCGAGGCUGCAUCUCUCCCUGUUGGAGGCCAGGUGUGAAAGUAAGCUCCCACAGGUAAGCUGGGGAGAAGGACCACAUUUGCUGUUACGGUCACCAAGCAAAUCCCAUCCUUUACCUAGGCUCAAAUCGAUGGUCAGCUUCAGCAACUUCAAGACGUGUGGACUUCAACUCCCAGAAUUCUCCAGUCAACUGUGCUAGGGAAGGGUGGGUGAGGAAUUCUGGGCGUUGAAGUCCCUACACAUCCUCCAGUUGCUGAGGUUGAGAAAUGUGGCCCUCCUGGUUUUUUUCCCCACAUUGGCAGGAGAGUUUAGCAUUCACAUGGGUGUCAGAAUGGCUAAUACGGAGAUUCUUAUGAAUCUUCUGAAGCGUUUGAGGCUGUCUUGUAUAAAACAGCUGCUAUCCUCUCUCCUCCCCACUUUAAAUGAUGCCGAAGAAUAAGGAAGCUUUCUUAUUUAUUUGGGACAAAGUUUUUUUUCCCCCCAUUUUCUUUGAAGAUAACGUUGCAAGAAUAGAUAUUUCAAGGAUUUUAGUCACCAAAAGUUGCCUCACGUGGUUUGGGUGCCGGGAGCGCAAAGCAGACGUACUAACUUGGACAUUCUGAGAUCUCGUGAUGGUGAAAGAGAAGAGCUGGCAGGGCUGAUGGUAAAAAUACUUUUGCUGGAUUUCGAAACAGUGACGAACGUGUAAAGAGAUUUGAUUAAACUUGCCUAGUGCCAUAGUGUUUGGAUUUGCCCAUCACCAAAGCACGUCCAUUUUAUUUUUAUUUUUGUAAGAGCGGAGGGCCACAAGGCUGCUAGCGAGGUUUCACGAAUUCCGUUGCCCUCAGCGGAGUUGUGAGUCCAACUGCCGCUGUGAUGGGGCAGAGAUUUCCAGAAGUGUUGGAGUAAACUCUUAAAUAAGAGAAUCCAAAGUACUUUCAGACAGCUCAUAGUGUUCGCUUGGAGUUGUGAUGGAGAACUUGCGAUUUGUCCAACAUUCCCUGCACGUUGGGCUGCUGCCCUACUAAACCAUGGUUGCUCGGCCCAAGCCUUGAUGCCGAUCCCAGCCAUUGUCAUCCAAACCAGCCAAUGAAGCCACUGCCUGUUGGUUGACAACGGUGCUUCCUUCAGUGUCCAAGUUGAAGAAAGACAAAUCCGCACUUAGUCUGCCAUCUUGCAAAGCUUCCAGCGAGGCCCUCCAGCCCCAGGGAGAGACUCAGAGUAUUUCUUUGCUUGAGGGUGGAGCAAGUUGGGACCCUGAACUGGACAGUGGGCUAAAUCAGGGGUCCCCAACCUUGGCGACUUUAAGACUUGCGGACUUCAACUCCCAGAAUUCUGGGAGUUGAAGUCCGCAAAGUCGCCAAAGUUGGGGAACCCUGGGCUAGAUGAUCUUGCAAAAAGUCAGUUGCAUUCCCUUGGCUCCAUCCCAUCCGCUGUGGCCCUGCACUCAUCCCCAUGGAUCAUUCCUCGAAACAAAAGGGGGUCAGGAGUGGGACUGGGCACAACUUGGCUUCUUUUAUCUGGAGUCUCCAGAGGAGAGGUUCUCAAUCUUGCAAUUUCAAAGAUGGGUGGACGUCAACUUCCAGAAUUCCCCAGCCAGUUAGGGCAGAGGUCACUAACCUUUCUCGGUUGGUGGACCGGAGGGAACAGGAGGAAGAAGUGUUUGACACGCGUGAUGCAAACAGGGCGGGGCUAGCACUAGUGUGAUACUUGCGGCACAGUGCUCCGUUUCCACCCAUUUUUGUGCCCCGCGGCACGGCAUCAGCCCGUUUUUACACCUCACGGUGCAGCGGUGUCCUGUUUUCAUACCCCAUGGCGCGGUGGCACCCUGUUUUUGCACCCCAAGGUGCAGUGGUGUUUUCAUGCUCCGCGGCGCUAGCAUGAGUGAGGGUGUAUGUGCGCACACGUGCACGCACUGGUCAGCCUCUCCCACGGCCUGGUGGCCAGCAAGCCACAGCCCACUGGUUGGGGACCCAUAAGGAAUUCUGGGAGUUGAAGUCCACCUAUCUUAAAAGUCACCAAGGUUGAAAAAAGACCACUCCAGACAGCCCAAUGUCCACGAUCUCUCCGCUCCAUCAAAGUAGGCCUCCUGCACUUGCCGUGUGGAUGUGGGAAUCACAAGCAUAACAGGAUGCUGUUCUUGCUGUGCGCCCUACCCCACUCCAACUCUGCAACAAAGCCCAUUUCCUACUUAGUUGGGAUGAAGUUACCCCUGAAACAGCUCAGCCCCUGCAGGACCCAUCGAGCACAACUCCAGCAUUCAGACAGUCCUUCGGAUCCACCAUCGUUUUAAGCCAGCUUCAGCUUUAUUUGCAAGGUUUGGGAACAUAGUUGUCCUGUCCAAGGCCGUGGCGCCAACUGGAAGGGAAGCCCUUAACCUUAGCCAAAGCGCUCAGCCCCAAACUGAAUGGAAACAAAGGGAGAGGAUGUGGCUGCUGGGAGUUGUAGUUCCGACAGCUGAAGAAUGGUUUCCCCGACCUUUCGAAACCAUACCAAAAAAAAUGUGUGCCAAAGUGCCUUAUUGCAAAACCUUUGAUUGCUUUUUGGUAUUGUCCAAUGUACUAUUUUUAUAAAGAAUUUUAUUUAAAAAGAA